AUGAGUUCAGAAGACGAAAGUAAAACUAAUGUUAAUGUAGCUACUGAGAUGGUAGAUAAAAGUGACUCUUUUGCUACUGCCGAACCAGUUGAUGAUGCAACAUUAUUUGUUCAAGAAAGAGAGGGUAAAUUUGAAAUUACUGAAGCUGAUGAAAAAGCUGCUUUAAGAAGAAAUGAUUUCAUUCUUUUACCUACUCUUUUCUUCCUUGCUACUAUGGGAGCUGUUGAUAAAGUAUCUCUUGGUACUGCUGCUUUAUAUGGUAUUAGAGAUCAUCUUACAACUUUCCAAUAUACUUGGGUAUCUUCAAUUUUAUUUAUUGGAAGUUUGUUUGGGGUCUUCCCUCUUAUGUAUCUUCAAAGUAAGUAUAGAUUAGGUAAAGUUAUGUCCAUUUGUUCAACUAUUUGGUCAGGUUUAACUUUAUUAAUGCCUGCUUGUAAUUCAUAUGGUGGAUUUCUUGCUUUAAGAUUUUUAACUGGGGUUGUUGAAGCUGCUAUUGUUCCUGGUUGUACUUUAAUGGUUACUAGAUUUUACAGAAAGAGUGAACAAGGGGUUAGAUUAGGGUUUGUUUUUGCCUUUGCUUCUUCAGUUAUUAAUGGUUUCCUUUCAUGGUUGAUUUAUUAUUUUGGUGAUGGGUUACCAAAAUGGAAAUACCUUUACCUUUUAAUUGGUUCAAUUUCAUUCUCCUUUUCUGUAUUCACCUUAUGGUUCUUACCUGAUACUCCAAUGAAUGCCCGUUACUUGAGUGAAAAACAUAAAUUUAUUAUUGUUAAGAAAGUCAUUGAAAAUCGUACUGGGGUUCAAACCAAUACUUGGAGUUGGUCUCAAUUCAGAGAAGCUGUCUUUGAUGUUAAAGCUUAUAUUAUCUUUUUAUUUAACAUCGGUAUUAAUAUUCCAAAUGGUGGUCUUUCAGCUUUCUCAGCUAUUAUUAUUGCUUCACUUAAUUUCAGUGCCAGAGAAUCAUCUUUAAUGACUAUUCCUACUGGUGUUAUUGCUACCAUUGCCACUGUUGUUAUUAAUUACUUUGCUGGUAGAUUCACCAAUAAGAGAAUUCUUCUUGCUAUUCUUGGUUUAACCAUCCCAUUGAUUGGUGCCAUUAUUUCAUAUGUUGUUCCUGAAACCAGUGUUGGAGCCCGUUUGUUGGGAUUAUAUUUGAUGUACUUCUACUUUGCUCCUUAUGUUGUGCUUAUUUCCCUUAGUCAAGCUAAUACUUCAGGUAAUACUAAAAAGAGUGUUGUUUAUGGUAUUAAUUAUCUUGGUUAUGCUGUAGGUGCAUUAACUGGAGGUCAAGUUUAUAAUUCUGGAUUCACUGGUGGAUUCAUUGCCAUGAUUUGUGCUUACGUUGCUUGUAUCCUUCUUAGUGGAUGUUAUUGGUUGGUUUGUACUUACCAAAACAAGCAAAAAUUAAAAGUUAUAAAUGCUGAUGAAGAAUUAAAAGGAGAAUUUGAAGCUUUGAAAGACAAAACUGAAGAUGUUAAUGUUUUAUUAGAUGUAACAGAUAAAGAACAAAAAACUUUCUUAUAUACUAAGUAA